AUGAGGGCAGUGUGGAUCACCGCAUGUGUGCUGCUGACUGCUGGGCUGGUGGGUGUUCUCACCUGGGCAGUGCUGCUGCACCAGCGCCUGCAGGUCACGCCGCCGGACGUCCAGCCGCUGGACUGGUGGGAGCACACCAUCAUUUACCAGAUAUACCCCAGAUCGUUCAAGGACAGCGACGGUGAUGGCAUCGGAGAUUUGAAAGGAAUAACAUCGAAGCUUCAGCACUUCGUGGACAUCGGCGUGGGGGCCAUCUGGAUGUCCCCCAUCUUCGUGUCCCCCAUGGUGGACUUCGGCUACGACGUCAGUGACUUUUACAACAUCCACGACGAGUACGGCACCAUGGCCGACUUUGAGGAGCUAGUGGAGAAAGCUCACGAAUUAGGUAUAAAAGUGUUGCUAGACUACGUCCCCAAUCAUGCGAGUACCGAAUCUGAAUACUUCACAAAGUCAGUGGCCCGGGAGCCCGGAUUCGAGAACUUUUUUGUCUGGGCCGAUCCCAUUAUCGAUCCCAACAAUCCCACAAAUCCUCUGGUUCCUUCUAAUUGGAUAAGUCAAUUCGGAGGUUCAGUGUGGGAGUGGAACGAGAGCCGGCAGCAGUUCUACCUUCAUCAGUUCGCCAUCGAGCAGGCCGACUUCAAUUUCCGGGAGCCGGCCGUGAACCAGGAGAUGAUGAACAUCAUGAGGUUCUGGUUCGACAAGGGGGCGGACGGGUUCCGCGUCGACGCCAUACCUCACCUAUUCGAGGCGAACCCCGCCAACCACGGAGGCGUGUAUCCCGACGAGCCCCUGAGCGGCAACAUGUUCCUGACGGCCGACCAGCCCGGCUACACCACGCAGGAGUUCACCAGGGACCAGAUCGAGCUGUACGACGUCGUGUACUCCUGGAGGACAUUCGCAGAUCAGUAUGCAAACGAGAAUAACAGAGAAACUAUAGUGCUGCUGGCGGAGGCGUACGCGAACGUCUCGAUGACGAUGCUGUACUACGGCGACGAGGACUCGCGGGUGGGCGCGCACUUCCCCUUCAACUUCGACUUCAUCACCGAACUCUCGGCCGGCUCCAGCGCGCGAGACUUCGUCUACGUCAUUAAACGCUGGCUGACUUAUAUGCCGCCGGGGCACGUCGCCAACUGGGUGUUCGGUAACCACGACCAAAAGAGAAUGCCAUCCCGGUUCAGAACAGACAUGGUGGACGGGCUCAAUGGCCUGAACAUGCUGCUCCCGGGGGUAGCCAUCACCUACCAGGGCGAGGAGAUCGGCAUGCGGGAUGGCUACGUCAGCUGGGAGGACACGGUCGACGUGGCCGCCUGCAACCAGGGCAACCCGGACAACUACCUGGACUACUCCCGGGACCCAGCCCGAACACCGUACCACUGGGACAACACUAUCAGCGCCGGCUUCUCCACCAGCCCCAACACCUGGCUGCCCGUCGGCCAGGACUACAUGGAAAUCAAUUUGCAAUCGCAGUUGGAUGCCCCUAGGAGCCACGUCAAGGUGUACCAGCUGCUAUCUGCUCUGCGCAAAGAGCCGACUCUAUCCCACGGGCAGUACCACAUCCAGGCGCUGUCGGAGAGCACCCUAGUGCUAGUGCGCCACCUGCCCACCGACGUCGUCGACUUCGGCGAGGUGACGCUGCAGGCGGGCGAGGCGCUCGUGCUGCGAGCUCCACCCACCUAG